AUGUUGGCGCCUAAAGGGGGGAAUGAUGGCUCCGUCGUUCCCUUUACGGCCGCAGAAGGAAGUAACAGCAACACUAACUUCAGCACUGCCCGGGAUGGCCAGUGUACACCCGUUCCCCCACAGCAGCGCCUCAACUCGUGGGCGCUUCCGAGGGCACCAGAAACACCUGCAAAACAACGCCGUACGAGACAUGAAGAACGCGGUGGUCAGACGAUUACGUAUCUUAGUGGCGGUGCCUCCCACAAACGUGGUGCUGCACCUGACCGGCGCUGUAACUUGGCGUCGAGAAAACGUCCAUCCAGCGAGCUUUCACAGUUCAGCGCACUGCGGUUAGACGAUCCCAGUGAUACCGUUCCUUUUCCACCACCUGAGUGUAGUACAUCUGAGGCCACGCGGUCUUGCUUGCGCCCCCACCUUGGGCCUUUAGCUACCGGCGGUAUGUCGUUGAUGAACUCAGCUCCGAACUCCCCGCAGCGUGACUGGAUGGCACGUGUCGGUAGCAGUUUUCCUUUUAUGCCCUAUUCUCCAGAUCAACCGGAGUACUCUCAGGCGGAGUCGGAAUUUUCCAAUAUCUUCAACCGUCGCAUUCUGACUGACUACAAGGAGGUGAAGGAGCUUGGUUUUGGUUCCUUCGGCAGGGUAACGCUUUAUGAAGAAACCGGUACGGGUGCACUUGUUGCGGUGAAGACGUCGCCACCAAAUGCGAGCCGGGAGCAACGGCAACGUUUCGCGCGGGAGAGGGCUGUGAUGAGCAUCACGAAAGGGUUUCCGCACGUUGUGCAACUGUUAGAUUCGUGGGAGGAGGGUCACGCGCCGCAGGUGUUCUUGCAGUUAGAAUAUUGCUCGGGAGGAUCCGUGGCGGAGCGGGCGGAGCAACGACGGCAGCGCGGUGAGGUGUGGGAUGAACGUGAGUUGUUUGUGUUUUUCGGACACAUGGCCCUAGCAUUGGAUGCUCUGCAUAGCGCCAACAUUGUGCAUGUGGAUUUUAAGCCGGAUAAUGUACUGAUAGACGAGGCAGGGGAUUAUAAACUUAGUGAUUUCGGGUGCAGCGUCUUUGUGGAUGAUGAUGGUUUUCCCCGAAAAACUUUUGCAGCUGCGGGUGCGAAAACCGGGAACUUGUUCAGUGCUCCUUCCUCAACGGCCGGUGUGAACAACAACAGCAUGGCCGACGCGGGGCCGCUGAGCUUCCCAACCCAACUUAGUGUGGUUAGUGUGGAAGAGGGUGAUUGUAGGUACCUGUGCAUGGAUAUGCUCAACCAAAAACGUUACCUCAAGGAAGGGGACAUGUUUUCCUUCGGCAUUUCACUUUUUGAGCUUAUGUCAGGUGAACCCCUGCCCCACCAUGGCGCGGGCUUUCUCGAACUGCGCCAGCACCCUCCGCUGCAUCUCCUUGAGCGUCGUGGCUACUCGAAGCGUCUUACCGCCUUCGUUGCUGAGCUGAUGCACGCGGAACCGACGUCCAGGCCGACGGCACGUGAUGCGCUUUGCUUCUUUCAACUUCCCCCACAUGUCCCCCAAGUUAUGUCGCAGUGGGUUGUAGGGGAUACUCCACCACUGGAUUCGCAAGUAGGGGAGGAUGAGACUAAUUUGCUACUGGACGUCCGUUACACUCACGCCGCCCUAGAGGUUGCUGCUCGGAUAUUAGACAAGGCGCGUCGGUUGCUUCGGCGCGGAAGCAUUGCAUCCAGUCAGUCAACUGGUGUGGCUGCUGGGCGCCGAGUGUUUGCCGAAGUAGAUGGCAUGUGUACGCCUAAGGACCCUGCUACAGAUCAGAACUCUCAGGGGGAUAGGGGAGAUAGUGCAAAAUUUUAG